CCGGCUAGCCGUCCUGCGGGCUGGCGGCUACCGCGCGCGGAGCCGGAUGCCCGCUGCAAUGGCAUGAUCUAGCAGAAAGAUGGCUGCCAAUUUUAUUUUUCUUUCUGUGGCAAGAUUGUCAUGGAGCCUGGAUAUUUCAGGGAAUCCAGUUACCAAAAUGACUCCAGAAGAAAGAACCUAACAGACCAGUAACAAUGGAAGAAAUUGAGAAAGUUACCAAAAAGCUGCCAUCCCCCAAAACACCAGGCUCAGAUGAUGUUACAGGUUAAAAAUAUCCUUCAUAAAGAAGAAAGAUCUUAAGCAACAUGGUGGAUUCAGAAGCUCAUGAAAAGAGGCCGCCCAUCCUGACAUCUUCCAAACAAGACCUGUCACCUCACAUUGCAAAUGUAGGUGAAAUGAAGCAUUAUCUGUGCGGCUGCUGUGCAGCUUUCAACAAUGUAGCAAUCACAUUUCCCAUUCAGAAGGUGCUCUUUCGGCAGCAGCUGUACGGAAUCAAAACCCGGGACGCAGUGCUUCAGCUGAGGAGGGAUGGCUUUCGAAACUUAUACCGCGGAAUCCUUCCCCCACUGUUGCAGAAGACCACCACGCUGGCGCUUAUGUUCGGUCUGUAUGAGGACUUAUCCUGUCUUCUCCGGAAGCACAUCAGUCCCCCUGAGUUUGCAACCCGUAGUGUGGCAGCGGUACUUGCAGGCACAACAGAAGCAAUUUUCACUCCGUUGGAAAGAGUUCAGACAUUGCUUCAAGACCACAGGCAUCAUGACAAAUUUACAAACACUUACCAGGCUUUCAAGGCACUCAGAUGCCAUGGAAUAAGAGAAUAUUAUCGAGGCUUGGUACCUGUUCUUUUCCGUAAUGGAUUCAGCAAUGUCCUUUUCUUUGGCCUUCGUGGCCCCAUUAAGGAGCAUCUGCCUACCGCAACCACCCACAGCGCUCAUUUGGUCAAUGAUUUUAUCUGUGGAGGUCUGUUGGGUGCCAUGUUGGGAAUCUUGUUUUUUCCAGUUAAUGUUGUAAAAACUCGCAUGCAGUCUCAGAUUGGUGGAGAGUUUCAGUCUUCUCCCAAGGUGUUCCAAAAAAUCUGGCUAGAACGAGACAGAAAGCUGACAAAUCUCUUCAGAGGUGCUCACCUGAAUUACCAUCGGUCCCUCAUCUCUUGGGGUAUAAUCAAUGCGACUUAUGAAUUCUUGUUAAAGAUGAUUUGAAAGAAACCAGUUAAGUGCCAUUUAUUAACUGCAUAGACCUAAGAAGAAUGUAGUUUGGCUUUGUUCCUAAUUGACCAAAUACAGGUUGUUGUCGUAAGUUCAGGGCACAAUGAAUUAUGGGGCAGAGCUGUUUUCCUUCAGCACCAACAAAUUCAGAAUAAAAGGUUCUAAUAGGAAAAUUUAAGGGGUUUUUGGUUUUGUUUUGUAAUCAUUAAGAACUUUAGGCUAAUUGCCUGGUUAAUAGCUAUCUAUCUGAUGGCUUUUGACAAGGAAAGCUAAUAGCCAAGAUAUGGUUCUUUUCUCCAAAAGUCUUUAAAUCUUCUGUAUUGAAACAUCAGUGGCCAUGACCAGCCAGAGAAAAGGCUCUUAGAGCCCUGUGAAUUCUCAGGCUUUCUUCUUACUCCAUUUCUUCUCUGCUUUUAGGAGUUGCAAAGGGUAGUAUUCGUUAAACAUAAGCAUAUAACGUGGUAGGACAGAGAAGAGAAAAACAGCUUAUUAGAUGUAGGCUUUUCAUGAUAAAUCGCUUGUGUUAGUCUUGAAACUAAGUACAUGUUGGGAUGGUCAUCAUCCAGACUAUUCAGACACAGUAGGGCAGACCCAAGCAGCAGGUGAAAGCUCCCAUUUUGCUUUCUGAGUUGGAAAGUGUUGUUUAGUUCUGAAUGUGACCUUAAACCCUUCGAAUGCCCUUACGUUAAUUUCACUUAUUUCAUUGCCAAAAGAUGGGGAGACUUACAUUUCGUCACAGCUGUUUGAUCCUGUGAAGAAAUUUCACAUGAAUUGCGUAUGGAUCAAACUCUGGUUAGUUUAGUUCUUUGAUUAAUUGUUGCCAACUUAGUGAAGAGCUGUGGGAGUUUGGGGAAUAUUUUCACUUUGAGUCCUAGUUUCUCAUAUUCAAGUAUCCUGUUCUCUUGAACUCUCCUUAAAAAAAAAAAAAAAAGAUAAAUACUUGCAUAAUAUUGAAUUUUGGAAGUCUGUUAAUGGGACUCUAGAUUUUUCCCUCCUGGU